CAUUCCAACAUAGAACAAAAAUGAGGUUAUUACUGGGCAUCGCGCUCUGUGUAACAUUUCAAUUGGUUUUUAACGCGUCUGCUAUCUCUGCAGAGUUCGAAGUUGUGAAAAUUGGUGCAAUUUUCUUUCACAAUGAGAUCGAUUUGAUUGAAGCUUUCGAAACUGCCAUCGAGGACAUAAAUCAGCUUGAAUUAAAUGUGCGUCUACAACCGAUAAAGCAUUAUUUGAGCGCGGACGAUAGCAUUGUUUUGCAAAAACUAACUUGUCAUUUAAUUGAAAGCAAUGUCGCAGCUAUUUUUGGUCCAAGUUCAAAAGCAUCAAGUGAUAUCGUUGAAGUGUUAUGUAAUAUUACGGGUAUCCCACACUUGCAAUAUGACUGGCAUAUACAAGAAACAGGGCUCUAUUAUCGUAAUCAUCAAAUGACAGUGAAUGUUGCGCCAUCUGAGUUUGGACUCUCCACGGCUUAUUGGGAUAUAUUGCGUAGUAACCGUGAUAAAUGGAAAUCUUUUACUAUUGUGUACGAGAGCAGCAGCAAUUUAGCAAGAAUGCAAGAAUUAUUUUCGUGGAAACAAUUACAUAAAACGGGCAUAAAAGUGCACAAAUUUAAAAGAGGUGAUGAUUAUCGUAUUUUAUGGAAAGUUAUAAGUAAUUCCCGUGAAAGGUUUGUGGUGCUCGAUUGCCCUUCAGAUAUUGUAUACGAAGUCGUAAAUGCGUCUAUAUACUUCAACAUGACUGGAUCUUUUAAUCACUUAUUUCUGACGAAUCUUGACACACACUUAGGUGAUUUAGGCAGAUUUUAUGCCAAAGAAUUCACGGUUGCAGCAAUGGCUGUGCGAUUACGUCCAUAUAUACCGCCACCAGUGCAUGAAGAAACUGAUAUAUUUGAGCCUGAAACUACGGACAAGAUAGUUCAUAUACACGCUCAACUAAUUUAUGAUGCAGUCGUGCUGUACUUCCAUGCCCUAACCAACGUUAUAAACGCAUUAAAAUAUUAUGAACCGAACUUGCACUGUGGGCAGGGAUUUUGGAAACCAGGUCCACUCAUAAUUCGAGAAAUGAAAAACUUAACACCUAAGAAUGUCACACCGCAUUAUAAAACACAAAAACUUCUUAUUAACUCAUAUGGCAGACGAGAUGAUUUCAAUUUGGAAAUAUAUAAUCCAGUAAUUGAGCAAAUAACCCAUGUUUGGAAUAAGCAACAUCAUCUAGUGAGUUUUGAUGAAGUUAGUACAAAUUCCAAAAACGAAGCAAAGAAACGAAAAUUCAAUGACAAGGAGGACUUCUCACAAAAAAAGCCAACUUACACAGUGGCAACCAGAGUUGGGGAACCAUACUUCAUGUGGAAACCUGAACGAGAAGGUGAGCACUUUGAAGGCAAUGAACGAUUUAGAGGCUACGUGGUCGACCUACUUUAUAAAUUGGCUGAUGAGUGCAAGUUCGAAUUUGUUCUUGAACCUGUGUCAGAUAACAACUAUGGUAGUCCCGAUCCUGAAACAAAUGAAUGGAAUGGAAUUAUUAAACAAAUAAUUGAUAACAAAGCACAAAUCGGUGUAUGUGAUUUAACCAUUACACAAGCAAGACGUUCAGUGGUCGAUUUUACAAAUCCAUUUAUGCAACUUGGAGUUAGUAUUUUGUAUUACAAAGACGAGCCACCAGCAGCGAACUUAUUUGGAUUUCUUAAGCCUUUUGCUUUGGAGGUCUGGGCUUACCUUUUAAUGGCACUUAUAAUAACAGCUUUAGUUAUGAUCAUACAGGCUAGGAUAUCACAGCUUGAUUGGGAGAAACAAGUGCAAACUGACCCAAAUAUCAUUGUGCUUGAAAACAAGUGGCAUUUGAUUAAUAAUUUGUGGCUAGUAAUAGGUUCAAUAAUGACCGCGGGUUGUGAUAUUUUGCCUAGGGGGGGAGCGACACGUUUGUUAACUGCUUUUUGGUGGAUAUUUGCUUUGCUCUUAUCACAAACUUAUAUAGCGAAGCUGGCAUCAUUUAUUACUUCAUCUAAGAUGGAGGGGUCAAUAAGAGACUUACACGAUUUAGUGGGCCAAAAUAAAAUACAGUUUGGUACAAUAAAAGGUGGUAGCACAUCAAUGUUUUUCUCUGAAUCCAAUGAAUCUGAUUAUAGAGUGGCUUGGAACAAAAUGAUUGCAAUGAAACCAGAUGCGUUUACUUCUAGUAAUAAAGAGGGUGUGGACCGUGUAAGGCGGAGUCGUGGUCGGUAUGCAUUUUUAAUGGAGACAACCAAUUUGCAAUAUUAUGUGCAAAGAAAUUGUGAUUUGCAACAAAUAGGAGAACCAUUCGGUGUAAAGCAUUAUGGCUUAGCUGUACCUUUAAAUGCACCAUUUCGUUCAAAUCUAAGUGUUGGAAUACUUAAGCUUAGCGAAAAAGGUGUACUGUACAACCUGAAAAAGACUUGGCUUAAUGACAAUAAAACAAUGUGCAAACAACAUACCGGUAGUUCUAGUAAUCAAGAGACACAAUACACGAUGGAGUCUUUAGGAGGUUUAUUUAUAGUCCUAGCUGGUGGUAUCUUAAUUGGAAUUGUCUUAGGCAUAGGGGAAUUUUUAUGGUAUAUCGAGUCCAUUGCAGCAAAAGAAAAUAUAUCACCUAUGGUUGCGUUGAAAUCUGAGUUCAAGUUUUUUCUUCGAUUUUGGAUUAGGUAUAAGCCUAUAAAAAUCUAUUUGGCCAAUCGGAGUUCAACAUCAACGGGCUAUUCUUCAUUUAAAGCAACGAGCACAUCCACUUUCAAAAAGAAGAAAAAAUCGAAGAAAAAAAUUGUUCUGAACUCUGAUUAA